CAACUAUCUCCCUCUGAACACCAUUCUUCCUCUUGUCUCUGACUGUGUCAAUUUUUAUCCGCCUUUCAGUCAUUGCCAUCAAGAUGCGUUUCACCUCGCUCGUUACCCUCCUCCCUGCCCUGGCCAUGGCCCAGGAGCAGGUCCCCCUCGUCGACCGUGUGCAGGGAUGGUUCAACCAGGUCAAGUCCUACGUGCCCACAGCAGCCCCCGUUGCUGCCCCGAUCGAGAAGCUGGCCGAGAAGGUUACCGAGAAGAGUGUCACCAACGUGUCUCUGGACAACUGGCAGUCCAUCCUUUCCCCGGGACCUAAGGCCGAGGACUGGUUGAUUUACACCACUGGUGGUAACAAGACCUGCUUCGGUCGCUGCGGAACUGCCGAUAAGGCAUUCAAGGAAUCUGUUCUGUUGUUCUCCGCCGACCCCACCUCACCUCAACUCGGAUACUUGGACUGCGAGGCCAACCAGGUCCUGUGCGCCGCCUGGUCCGCCAGCGCUCCCUCCGUCCAGUACUACCAGAUCCCCAAGGAGCCGUCUGUUGGCGAGGAACGUGCCCCAACUCCUCUUCGCAACGUCUACCUGAACUCCACCACUGUCACCCCAGAGACCAUCUACGAGAUCCACGCCAAGAAGACCUACGAGAAGGUCCCCGUCUACGAGGGCGCUCUGCACCCCGUUGACGGCUGGGUCGCUAAGUACCAGCUCAACAUCCCCAUGGGCUACGUUAUCUGGGCUCUCGGUGCUGUCCCCAGCUGGCUGUUCAUGAUUGGUAUCAGUUUCUUCAGCCGUACCAUGAUGAGCCGUCGCGCGGGUCCUACCGGAAACGUCCCUCGUGCUGCCGCCCCCGCUGGUAGCGCAAACUAAAUAGCCUCCUUUGGUCUAUUUUGGUGUUAUGGGUUGUAUAUAAUCAGUGGUAGGGUAUUGUGACGCGUCCAAUAUACUACUUGGGUUGGUUUGUGUUCUUUGUUGGGCAGACAUCUGUCGGGGAUGGAGCCUCUUCGAUCUUUGGCUUUUUCCCAGCUACCUUUUUAAUCAACGUAUCCUAGUUAGUGGGAUUUUGUAACAGAUUCGCCAAAUGCAUUAGUAGCUCUUU